UCAGGUUCUUAGAGGAGUAUGUACCUUUAAGUAUGGUAUUUAGUAUGUAUUUCAUUAAUGUUUAUUUUCAGGCUGUAACAACUACAGGUUGAACAACAUAUCACUAUAAUUAACAUUUUAUCACCUUUUUCUAGUAUUGCCCUGUACCUGUGAUAUGUUCGUGUAUGCUGGUCAACCACGCGUGACCACAUCAGUGCAGUCAGUGUGAGCUCUUUUGGUAGCCAUAGCUACAAUACAAACACCCAAGCUAUCUUUAAACUUUGACCCUUGUCUCUUUCUCUCCCAUUGGAUAAUUAACACUCACAUGUAUCUGCAUGCUUUCUUUGGACUGACAAGACAGGACAGAAUUAUUUAGUAUUUGAAGAAACAAGUUCAGAUAAGAGAGAAAUAGUAGAAGUUUAAUUUAAAGGUUAGUAUUAAUUUGUUAUAGAAGAUAAACUUAAAUAAUAAUAGUAAAUGCCUAAUUUUCUAUUCCUGGUAAUGAUUAAUGAAUAAUUCAACAUAUAAUAUUUAAUAAUAAAUCUGCCUUUUAAUUAUUAUGGAUUACAGGGCGUGACAUAAUGAAUGUCAGCCAUCUUUGUUUUCUGCUGUCAAAACUAUAUAUUUUAUGAUUUAAGUGAAGUUUCUGUUUUAGUUGUUAGCUUAUCUGAGUUAAUAAUUUAGCUACGUUUAAUCAAUUGUUUUUAUGACGAACUACACCAAAGCAUUGGUUUUGGAAUGAAUUAGUUUAAAUGUUUUAGUUCUGAAUGUAUAAUAGAUAUAUGGAAACCAUAUACUAAACAAUUGAUAUUAUGAAUUUAUUUUUAUGCAGGUUUCCCCAGUUGUUAUGGAAUAUAUCAACACAAUGCCUACGUGUAAUUCAUAUGUCACAAGGACUAGGAAUAACCAGUGUCAGUGACAGUCAUGUGUCUGAUAUUACCUGUAUGGUGGUUGACUCUCGAUAUGUGUUUACAGCCUGCAAAAACAUGGUGUAUGCGUUCAACAGAAACAGUAAAGUUUGUCGUGUGUAUGAAGGUCAUGAACAUGAGGUUCAGUUUCUCUUAGUGUUUGGAAAUCAUCUGAUUUCUACCGACAUCUCCAGCCAUGUCAGAGUAUGGAACAUUGACUCAGAGGAGAUUUAUUCUGAGAUGACUUUCAGUACUGACUCGUUCACACUGUCGGUGAUGAUGCAUCCUGUGGCGUAUCUCAACAAGAUUCUACUGGGGAGCAAACAGGGCAUCAUGCAACUGUGGAACAUCAAGACUGACAGAAUGAUCUACAGGUUUAAGAGCUGGGACAUUCCUAUCACUGUAAUAGAACAGGCCCCUGCCGUUGAUGUUGUUGCUGUGGGCCUGGCCGAUGGAAGAAUCAUCCUGCACAAUCUACUUUACGAUGAGGUCGUCAUGGCGUACAAACAAGACUGGGGAAUGGUUACAAGCAUUUCAUUUAGAACAGAUGGUCAUCCGGUCAUGGCAACAGGUAGUUCUGCUGGACACAUUGCACUGUGGAACCUGGAAGAACAGAAACUGCUGUGUCAGAUGCGAAACUCGCACACCAGUGCCGUCACCGGGAUGCAGUGUCUGACAUCUGAACCUUUAAUGGUCACCUCGGCAGCAGAUAACUCUGUGAAGCUGUGGAUAUUUGAUCUGCCGGACGGCGGAGGACGAGUACUGCAUCAGAGAUGUGGCCACAGUGAACCACCCAACAUGGUCCGACAUUACGGAGCAGACGGGCAGAACAUUCUCAGUGCUGGUCAGGACAGCACUCUGAGGUCUUUUUCCACAAUUCACGAGAAACAUAACAAAAGUUUGGGUCGGGCAUCAUACCACAAGAAAGCAAGCAAAAAGUCUGGACUGAAGAGAGAUCUACACAAGAUGCCGCCCAUCACUCAGUUUGCUUCAGAGCUGAGCAGACAGAGUGACUGGGAUAACAUUGUAUCCUGUCACCGAGGCCUGAACGUUGUCACCACGUGGAGCUACCACAGGAGCACCAUGGGACACUACUUCUUAAAACACCAACGAUUCAACAAGGGUGCAGCUUUCAAUGACAGCACAGCUCAGGUUGUAGACAUCAGCAGUUGUGGGAACUAUGUUAUAAUUGGCUACAGUUCUGGUCAUGUGGACAAGUACAAUCUUCAGUCAGGACAACUACGAGGCUCCUUCGGUGAACUGAAAGCCCACGAUUGCCCGGUACGAGGUGUUGCUAUAGAUGGAUUGAAUCAACUUGCCAUAACAGCCGGUGCUGAUGGAAGUGUCAAGUUUUGGAAGUUUAAACAGAAAGUCUUGCUCAAUUCAUUGCAGCUGAAAAUGUAUAUAUCACAGAUUGUUCUUCACAGGGAAAGUGCCAUGUUGGCUGUGUCGCUGGAUGAUUUCACGAUUUCCAUUGUGGAUAUUGACACUCGGAGAGUGGUGCGGAAUUUCUCUGGCCACCUAAACCAAGUCACGGAUAUGACAUUCAGCUCAGAUUCUAGGUGGUUGAUCUCUGCAGCUAUGGACUCUUCAAUUAGAACUUGGGAUCUGCCGUCUGGAAAACUGAUAGAUUGUUUUCUGGUGGACAAAGCCGUAUCUUCCUUGAGCAUGUCUCCGACGGGAGAUUUCCUGGUGACGGCCCAUGUUGAUGAUGUCGGCGUGUAUCUGUGGUCCAACAUGACGCUGUAUUCCUUUGUGUCACUCAGUCCCUUACCAGCCAACUUUGAACCAAAACUACUUGAUCUGCCAUCUACGUAUUACAGUCAUACUGAUCAAGAUGAAGAUUCCCAAGAUGUUACAGACUAUGAGAAAUCCAAGUUCAAGUCACCGAGUCAGAUUUCUGAUGAGCUCGUCACUUUGUCGCUUCUACCCAACUCAAGAUGGAAGAAUCUUUUGAACUUGGACGUUAUCAGGAGCCGUAACAAGCCAAAGGAGCCACCAAAAGCACCAAAGGCAGCCCCAUUCUUCCUUCCAACCAUUGCAGGUCUGCAGCCGAGGUUUGCGGCUCCAGAAGAUGAUAGUGACAGGACUGAGGUGAAGAAGUCGCAUGUGAUAACUGCCAGACUACAGCCACUCUCUGAACUGGGCAGAUUAUUACAGGAGUGUGGGGCUUCAGGUCAAUUUGCUCCCGUUUUGUCGAGGUUAAAAGAGCUGGGUCCGUCUGCGAUAGACCUGGAGAUGCGAUCUCUGUCACCAGAAGGCGGUGGAAGCAUUGAGUUGAUGGAUCACUUCAUGAACUUCAUCAAAUACGUCUUGUCAACAAACAACAACUUUGAGCUGGCCCAGGCGUACUUAGGACUGUUUUUGAAGCUACACACAGACCUCAUAGCAAGCGAAGCUAGUCUCACAGAAGAGGUUAUGAAACUUGCUGAGACCCACUCUGAAACCUGGAACAAACUACAGACCAUGUUCUUGCAAUCACUCUGCAUUGUUACAUAUCUGAGGAGCGCCACCGUUUGACUUUUUUAAAUAAAUCAAUAUUUGCA